CAAACAAUAAUGGCAGUCACACAUGCUGACCUUGAACCAAGGAGAAGAAAAAUAGAUUUGAGUAGCAAAACAAGUGUCUUUCUUAUGGCUCUCACAAUCUUAUUGGGCCUAUUCUGUUUCCUUCUGUGUCUCACAGCAGAAGCCACACGUUCGAAGGUGAUAUGGAUGAACACAGAUGUAAAUGGAAAGGGUAGUAAAUCAGAAUGUGUUUACAGUGGUAGUGGGAAAAAGCCAUUGUUAUGCGCUUCUUGUGCUUUCAUUGGACUAGCAUUGGCCAUAUUGGUGGAGCACACUUUCAUGUUAAUAGCAGUUAGCAAUUCAUCUCCUGCAUUACUCACCUUGGAUCCUGAUUCUGCUUCUGCCAAAUCAUUAACGUGGCUAGCUGGGUUCUUCUUCGUUGCAACUUGUUGGGGAGAUAUUGUUGUUGGCAGGAGUGAGUGUAGAGUCAGGACAUCUGAAGAAUUGGUGGAAAGCUAAACCCAAUUGCCUUAGUGUUAGAGAAGGUUUGUUUAGUGGGGCAGGGGUGUUUGCUUUAACCUC